UUUAGACAAUGUGUGACGACUGACGUGUAUUCUCUGAAUAUAAAAGUUUUUGUAAAAUGGCAGUUAUAAAAAUAGUUCGUGUUCUAGACAAAACAUUAAGCGUACAAUUCCAAGAUGGCACAUCAAUUGUUUAUGAAGAAUGUUGGCUGCGUGACCACUGCAGAUGUUCGACUUGCUAUCAUGCAGAUACAUUCCAAAGAGCUCACCACUUAUUAGAAAUACCAAAUGUGAACAUAAGCAACGUGCAAUAUGAUAAAGACCUGCUCAGAAUAACAUGGACUGACAAGCAUGAAUCAGUUUAUAAAGCCGAGUUCUUGGCAGAAUUUAGUUAUGAAAAGUGGAAGUACAGUCGAAGACUUAAGCCGAUAAUGUGGCGUGGAGGAGAAGUUUCGAAUAAAGUUAAGACAGUUCAUGUUGAUGAAUUCCUCAAUUCAGUCAAUGGUGCGAAAGCAGUAUUUAAAUCACUUCUAGACUAUGGCGUAGCUCUGAUUGAAAAUGUAGACGUAUCAGUGGAAGCGACGGAAGCUGUGUGCAAUGCAUUGGGUGGUGUUCAGCACACAUUGUUCGGUGGUAUGUGGAAGUUCACUACGAUGCAAGACCACGCUGACACAGCUUAUACAAAUUUACCGUUAGCUGUACAUAAUGACAAUACUUAUUUCACUGAAGCCGCAGGACUCCAAAUUCUGCAUUGUCUAGAACAUUCUAACGGAUCCGGAGGAGAAACUUUACUAGUAGAUGGAUUUUACGGAGCGACUUGUCUAAAGAACGAACAUCCUGAUGACUUUGAGUUUUUAACGAACUUUGACGUGGAAGCCGAGUAUUUAGAGGAUGGUCACCACUAUAGGCAUUCAGCGCCAGUCAUAAAAUUGGACAAGAUGAAAGAUAUCACACAAAUUAGGUUUAACGUAUACGAUCGUUCGGCGAUGGCAUUCUCCAACGGAGAGGAAUGCAGGUCAUACUAUCGCUCGUUGCGGAAUUUGUCAAGAUACUAUGAAAAUCCGGAGUUUCAGUGGAAAUUUAAACUCAAGCCAGGAGUUGUAAUGGUGAUGGAUAACUUCAGAGUGUUACACGGAAGAACUGGCUUCAACGGUAAACGCGUUCUUUGUGGGAGUUACGUAUCACGUUCUGAUUGGUUAAAUAAAGCUAGAUCGUUAUGUCUUAUAUAAUGGUAUAUUACAUCAUUUUUUAUAAAUUAAACUAAUUAAAAUUCUU